ACCCUCGAAUAUUCUCUGGCCUCAAAAGUUUUCGAACAAUGAAGGUGAGCGGUCAAAAGGAUAAGAAGGUGAAGUUAAUUGAUGAGGAGCUGCCCGAGUCCCGUAGGGCUUUUAGGAAUCUUUUCAACUGCUUCUAUGCCCUGGGCAUGCAGGCCCCCGAUGGUAGUCGUCCAACGAAAAGCAUCACUUGGAGGCGAAUCUAUCGUUACUUCUCGGUGGUCAUGUACGUGUGGCAGUUGCUGCUAGUUCCCACCUGCUUUGUGAUUAGCUAUCGGUAUAUGGGCGGAAUGGAGAUCACCCAGGUGUUGACCUCCGCCCAGGUAGCCAUCGAUGCUGUCAUCCUGCCAGCCAAAAUAGUUGCUUUAGCCUGGAAUUUGCCACUUCUGCGGAGAGCAGAGCAUCACCUGGCCGCCUUGGACGCCAGAUGUAGAGAGCAAGUGGAAUUCCAAUUGAUCUUGGAUGCAAUAAAAUUCUGUAACCGUCUAGUGUGGUUCUACCAGAUCUCAUAUGCCAUCUACUCCUCCUCGACCUUUGUGUGCGCAUUUCUCCUUGGUCAACCACCAUAUGCUCUCUAUUUGCCCGGUCUGGAUUGGCAGCGUUCCCAGCUGCAGUUUUGCAUCCAGGCCUGGAUCGAGUUCCUCAUCAUGAACUGGACGUGUCUCCAUCAAGCCAGUGAUGAUGUCUAUGCAGUGAUCUAUCUGUAUAUGGUUAGGAUCCAGGUGCAAUUGCUGGCCAAAAGGGUACAGAAUUUGGGCAGGAAUACAAAGGGUGAAAUGGAGAUUUAUCCGGAUGAAAGAAAGCAGGAGGAGCACUGUGCGGAGCUGCAAAGAUGCAUUGUGGAUCACCAGACGAUGUUGCAGCUGCUCGGUUGCAUCAGUCCCGUCAUCUCGAGAACCAUAUUUGUCCAGUUCUUGAUCACCGCCGCCAUAAUGGGUACCACAAUGAUAAAUAUCUUUAUAUUUGCAAAUACGAACACCAAGAUUGCAUCUAUUAUUUACUUGAUGGCUGUGACCCUGCAGACUGCUCCGUGUUGCUACCAGGCCACCUCACUGAUGUUGGACAAUGAGAAGUUGGCAUUGGCCAUCUUCCAGUGCCAGUGGUUGGGCCAGAGUGCCCGAUUCCGUAAGAUGCUUCUCUACUAUCUCCAUCGAGCCCAGCAACCCAUCACACUGACGGCCAUGAAAUUAUUUCCAAUCAAUCUGGCCACCUACUUUAGUAUAGCAAAGUUCUCGUUUUCGCUCUACACGCUUAUCAAGGGGAUGAAUCUUGGCGAGCGAUUUACCAGGACAAAUUGAAGACCAUU